UGCCGAUCUCGAUCUUCGAUCCCACCAGCGUUCCGCUGGGUGGUGCCUGCCCACCUUUUUUGCAGACUUUAAAAGCAGCGACGGUUCUGAGCAUCAAUGUCUACAGCAGUGCGCCGCACUGAGAUAUCGGAAUAGCAUACGUUCAAGGAUCAGGGUUUUCUGUCGGGCAGCUUUGUUGGCCAACCCUGCUGACACUUGUAUCAACCUGUAUCAAUCUAAUAUCCUGUCCGACAUGCAAACCGUCAAGCUUCCCCCUCUAUUCACACCUCCUACACCAGACUCGCCUGUCCCGUCAGUUCCGUUUGCAACUCCCCUUCCCGACAUACACGUUACGCUGUUUAGGAAUAUUCGGAAUGCUGUUGACGUGAGGAAUCUGGUCAUCAAGGGAGAUCCUCGCGUUCCGGAAUGUGUUUUGAUAAACGCUGCAACGAUUGUCGACGUCUUUCAAAUUCAAAUGGCAUGCACGAAAGCGCUUCUACAUCAACAACAAGGCAUCAUGCGAACACGAUCACUGUACUCUGAAAUCCUUUUCAAUCUCUCCCCAACAAACAAUAUUAGCGAUGCUAUAAGACAGUUUGGCAUAUCAGAUACAACGACAGCCGUAGCUGUGGUCAUGGUUGGCAUGCAAGCACCGCCCGAGGAGGUACGCUUGCGUCUGUUGACUUUGAUAGAGGGCGAACCAAUACCGUUGUCACACUUGCCAGAGUUCACAGAUUUACCACUGAUAAAUAGGAUAUAUAAAACUGGCAAUGUUGCAGCUGACAGAGGGCAGACAUUGGCGUUGGUGGUUGGGGCAAUGGCGCUCAAAGGGCAUUUGAGUUAGCACCUAUACUCAGAAGCAGAUAUACCUAACCCAUUAUGGCAGCGUCAUCUCAAAGCUAGUUCUGCAGAAUAAGAUUGGCCACUUUUUCCCGGCCUGGCGUUAUUAUCAUAGUGGAUACAGUUGGUUUCACGCCGGAGGAAGGACGGGUAUAGGUAGCAAAUUCAACCGUUGAAUAUAAUGGCGCUAAUUUACGUGACCUUUUUCCAACCACCGUUUGUUUAUGUUCGCGUAAAAUUGUCUAUCCGCUACCCCGUCC